GAGCGCGUGAGCGGCGGUGCGGUGUUGCGUUGUGCCGCUCGGUGCCGUGGCCGGCCUGCGGUAACGGCGCGGUGCUCAGGAGGCGGCGUUGCCGAGGCUGGGAUGCACGGUGUGUGUGAUGAGGGCGGCAGCGUUUCCACGCACUCGCUUUGCAAAGUUUGCUCUCCUGCCAAGCAAGCGCCUGCCCCGUCUGCUUCUCACCCAAUGCUGAGUCGUUCUACAGCGGUUCUAUAGGUUUUAUCAUUAUUAUUUUAAUAUAUGAGAGUAUGGUACGGAUGUAAUGUUGAGCCCGUGAGUAAAACUCUUAUUUAAGGUAAGGAGAAAAUAUGAGAGAAAAAGCAAAUGGUGAUGAUUUUCCCGUUUGGGAUUCUCACAAGAAGAAAAAGAGAAAACGCAAACGGUUCGAUGUGGACCAUGGGAAUGGAAGCAUCCAGGAUGCAGAGCUCAGCUGUGCUUCUACGCAGCUCUCUGAAGAUCAUGCAGGACAGAGCAGUGAAGUCUCUAAAAAGAAGAAGAAAAAGAAAAAGAAAAAGAAGGGCGAGGAGCAGCAGCCUCUGCUAGAGAAUUCUCUUGCAGAACUGGAGCGUGAAGUAGGUAGUGAAACUGUGCUGGGUGCUUCUCAGAAGAAAAAGAAAAGAAGGAAGUGGAAGUUCAGUGAGAGUAUGGAUAGUCACAGUGAUGUGGCUUGUGUCCCUGUGAAUCAGGAUUGUGUUGAUAGUUGUCAGGAGGAUAAUGCUGAUAAUGUGUGUUUUAAGAAGUCUGUUAAGAAGAAAAGAAAACGAAAAUUGCCAGAAAAGGAUGGGGUCAGUGAGUCACCUGCUUCAGAAACACAUGGCAAUAAAAGGCCGAAAAAGAAGAAGAGAAGGGUGAGCAGUACCCAGGAUACACAGGAGGACAGCGAUGCAAAUGUUGACCUGUCACUUCUGACAUACCCAGGCCAAAAGAAGCAACAGGAGGACGUGAAGUCACCAUCCACCGCAGGUGGGGGUCGUGUGGUGGGGUCGCAGUGCAGAGGCAGUGCCUGUGGUGCUUCUGCUGUCAGUGAGGAUCCUACAGAUGCACCUACUGGUUUCUCCAAAUCUGCUGCAGAAGCUAAGAAGUCAUCUAGACGGGCUGCAAAGGUUAUAAAAAGCAGGAGUUAUAUCACAGAAGACAGCUCUUCAGAUUCUGAUGUAAUGACACCAGAAACCACAACAUCAAAUAAAAAGGAGGACCAGAAUAAUUCAUUUACUGAAACCACGGCUACUGAUGAGCUCAGUCUGGAUGAUGAAGAUUUGCUGCCCGUGGUUACAGCCUUGGAUUUAGAUACUGCAAAACAAGAAUUGGAAGAGUUUAUUCCUCAUGUGGGUCAAUUGUCUGACCAUUCGAUCAGAAAAAUGGCUGGAAGAGAUUUACAGAGAUUUAAACAGUUUAAAAAACAAGGUAUUGCUAUCAAGUUUGGCAGAUUUACCCAGAAGGAAAAUAAUCAAAUCAGGAAAAAUGUUGAAGAGUUCUUAUCAAUUACUGGGAUAGACAGUGCUGAAAAGCUCCUGUUUACCUCGAGGUAUCCAGAAGAGAAAGAAGCCAUCAAUCGCCUGAAAGCAGAGCACCUUUUUUGUGAAAAGCUUGCUGAGGGCAUACCACGAGCCUGGAGACUUAUAUAUUACCGAGCAAGGAAGAUAUUUGACCCAAAUAAUUACAAAGGGAGGUAUACUAAAGAAGAAAAAGAAAAAUUGAAGAGGUAUCAUGCUCUCCAUGGCAACGAUUGGAAGAAGAUUGCUGAGAUGAUGUCCCGUUCUAAUCUCUCAGUUGCCAUGAAAUACUCUGAAAUCAAGUCACAAAUUAAUUAUGGUCCUUGGUCAAAAGAGGAGAUCCAGAAGUUGAUGCAUGCAGUGGAGGAAGUGAUUGUAAAAAGAACAAAAUUGGAAAAUGCAAAUUCUCUUUCAUCAUCAAAAAAAUCACAUAGAAGUCUCCAGGUUGACCGUGAGAAACUUUUCCAGAAAUUACCAUGGACUGAGAUUGAAACUAAAGUGGGCACUAGGUAUUGGAGACAAUGUAAGCAGAAAUGGACUUCAAUUGUAACCAACAAGAUUACCAAAGGGCAGCAGUUACACAGCGGAACCAAAGGAUUACAAGCCAGCAUCAACCUUAUUAAAAGGUUGUAUGAAAUGAAAGUGGAAGAUGCUAAUGAAAUAAACUGGGAAGAACUCAGUGAUAUCAUUGGAGACGUUCCUGGCAGCUACAUUCAAGCAAAAUUUUACAAACUCAAAGUCUCCUAUGUUCCUUUUUGGCGAGAAAAGACUUUUUCUGAAAUCAUUGAUUAUCUUUUUGAAAAGACACUGCCAGAACUUGAACAGAAGUUGGAAAAGAAGAAAGGGAAGCAGUCUAACUCCAGUGAUUCAACGGUCAAUCCAAAGAAACAGGUUUUCCAACUCAGUGAUGUUUUUGACUCCAGUGAAGAGAGUGAUGACUGACUGCCUUAAAAGCAAUUUAACUGCAUAUUUAACUGCCAAAAGGGUCUGCUGGAAAGGGGGUGCAGAUCAACCACUGCAGGUACACAGGCUAUGAAAUAAUGGAAAACAAGAAUAUAGGCACAUUUGCUUUUCUUGUUUUAUAUUGAAGACUGAUUGAAGAUACAGGUUUUUUAAUGCUACCUUUUGUUACCAUCAUUUAGCUUUGUUUUAGAAGUCCUUUUCUAACUGCAACCAAAUUUCUUUCUAAAAGUUUCAAAAAUAGAUAUUUUUUUCCACUGCUUUAUUUUCAGUGGAGUUAGAAACUUGAGUGUGAUCUUAACUCUAAAAUAUAAACAAAUCUUCAGGCAUCUGUGGUGAUGGAAACAGCACAACUGUGUGAUGUCUUAUGCUUUAAAGCAACUUAUUUAAUUUUUGUUGUAGAUUUAACUCUUUCAGAGAAAAAGGAUUUUGCUCCAUUGUAAUCAUAAAUUAUACCAUCAUUUCAUGUAAAUCAGAACAAAACAUUUAAAAUGUUUUUAUUAAUAUUUGGAAUAUAGAGAGAAAACAGACUGUGUAUAUGUAUAUACAUAAAUAUAUAUAUGCACAUAAAUAUUUUUUUAUUGUGCCAAGGCGAGUUUUUACAUUUUGAUAAGAAAGAAGGAUAAGGUGGAGGUUGCACCUCCUGUCUUUGUAUGAUCACUUAAUAAUUUGCCUAAAACUUAUUUGUAAACUGACUCAGUGAAUGUAAUAUAAUUUUACUGUGUGUAUAAAGCAUUUGUAUGGCUUGUUUAUAUUUCAUAUGUGCUGUGUUAGAAACACAAGAAUUGGUUCUGACAUAAUGCUUUGUGUUGCUUUUGAUAAGUGAGAAUUUCCUACUUUAAUAAUUGUCAAUGAAAAUGCAGAAGUUUUAAAGGCUUUUGAAAUAAA